CCGUAGUGUGUACAGCAAACCCACGUGGCUAAUCAAAACAUCAUGGCGGCUGGUUUCAAGAUUGCCGAGCCUCUGGAGUACCACAGGAGCUUUCUGAAAGAAAACUGUCGACCUGAUGGACGGGAGCUGUCUGAAUUCAGAACAACAACACUAAACAUAGGGUCCAUAUCCACAGCAGAUGGCUCUGCUCUGGUGAAAGUUGGAAACACAACAGUGAUGUGUGGGAUCAAAGUGGAGCUGACCAACCCUUUAGUGGAGGCACCUGGUAAAGGUUUCAUCGUGCCCAACGUGGACCUGCCACCGCUGUGUUCGUCCAGGUUUCGUCCGGGUCCACCAGGAGAACAGGCGCAGGCUGCCAGCCAGUUCAUUGCUGAUGUAAUUGAAAGCUCUGAGGUGAUACAAACAGAAGACCUGUGCAUUGAAAGAGGAAAGCUCUGCUGGGUGCUCUACUGUGACAUGAUGUGUGUGGACUACGAUGGGAACGUGUUGGAUGCUUGUAUCAUCGCCCUGCUGGCUGCCCUCAAGAACACAAAACUCCCAGAGGUCACCAUCAACAAAGACACUGGAGCACCAGAAGUGAAUUUAGAAAAGAGAAAGGGCCUGAAUAUUCGCAAACAUCCCGUCGGAGCCUCUUUUUGUGUCUUCGAUGACUCGAUACUGAUCGUAGACCCCACAGCUGAGGAGGAGGGUUUGUCGACCUCUCACCUCACUGUGGUGACCGAUGAGAAAGAGCGGCUCUGCGUCGUACACAAACCAGGUGGGACGCCGCUGUCGGCCGAGAAGCUGCAGGAGUGCAUCGGCAGAGCAACAGCGCGACAGAGAGAGAUCCAGAAACUCGUUGAUAAAGUCAUUCACAGUGUAAAGACAGCACAAUAAAGAGCCUCAGACAAUGCGUUGUAUCUAAAAGCUGUAUUUUUCACUGUCAAUAUAUAUUCUUUUUUUCCUUUAUUUUUUUUUAAUAACAAUAAAACUGCUGACAAAGA